UUUAGCCGAUUGACCGAGCGAACGAGUCUGUGAAGUCCGAAGAAACUAAAAAUUUGUCGUUCACUUUAUUGAUGUAAAUUUGAAAAAUUAACAAAAUGAUAUUGUAAAAUCAUACUAAGACCAUCUUAUUUUGUUUUAAACUUUCUAUUAGUGAUACUAUUUUGACUAUUAUAUUUCUAAUAUAGUAAUUCGUCGGCGAAGUGAUAGAGUUCAGUGCGAGUGCUAGCAAGGGUGGUAACGAGAAAUGUGAAGUAGUAUCUAUGAAGUUCAGGAUUCGGCCGUUUAUUUUAUACCUAUAAUAAUGAGCGGGCGCCCUAGGACCACGUCUUUCGCCGAGGGCGGCAAAUCCGUUCGAAAGACAUUCGAAAAUCAACCACCGAAACCACCUCUCGGAGGAGUAAAAAUUUGCAGCGACGUGGACGCACCUAAAAAGGCCGAGCUGGCUUCGGAAAAGAAGACCGCCACCUCCCAUCGCAAGGACGGUUCAAAGGUGACGACUGUGGUAGCAACGCCGGGGCAGGGCCCCGACCGGCCAUUGGAGGUUAGCUAUUCGGAUAUGAAGCUGAUCGGAAAUGGCAGCUUCGGCGUCGUUUACCAGGCCAAACUGUGCGAUAGCGGCGAGCUCAUUGCCAUCAAGAAGGUGCUCCAGGAUAAAAGGUUUAAGAACCGAGAGCUUCAAAUCAUGCGACGACUGGAGCAUUGUAAUAUUGUCAAACUGAAAUACUUCUUUUACUCCAGCGGAGAAAAGGUGUCAGUGGCCGCAGCUGUUAGUCCACUACUAAAUGCGAUGCAGUCUUUUGAUGUCGCAAAGGACGAAGUGUACCUGAAUCUGGUGCUGGAGUACAUACCCGAGACGGUGUACAAAGUUGCACGUCACUACUCCAAAGAUGAACAAACCAUACCCAUUAGUUUUAUAAAGCUGUACAUGUACCAGUUGUUCCGGAGCCUGGCGUAUAUCCACUCGCUGGGCAUCUGUCACCGGGACAUCAAGCCGCAGAACCUGCUGCUGGACCCCAAGACUGGCGUACUCAAGCUGUGCGACUUCGGCUCCGCCAAACACCUCGUGCGCGGCGAGCCUAACGUCUCCUACAUCUGCUCGCGUUACUAUCGCGCGCCCGAGCUCAUCUUUGGCGCAAUCGAUUAUACCACUAAGAUUGACGUGUGGAGCGCGGGCUGCGUGGUGGCGGAGCUGCUCCUCGGACAGCCGAUAUUCCCCGGAGACUCCGGGGUCGACCAGCUCGUUGAAAUUAUUAAGGUCCUGGGCACACCGACACGCGAGCAAAUCCGCGAGAUGAAUCCAAACUACACAGAAUUCAAAUUUCCACAGAUCAAAAGCCAUCCCUGGGCGAAGGUGUUCCGCGCGUGCACUCCGCCGGACGCGAUCUCUCUGGUGUCUCGGCUGCUGGAGUACACGCCGGGCGCGCGGCUCUCCCCGCUGCAGGCGUGCGCGCACAGCUUCUUCGACGAGCUGCGCGAGCCCGCCGCGCGCCUGCCCAACGGCCGCGCCCUGCCCCCGCUCUUCAACUUCACCGAGUACGAGCUCGCCAUACAGCCCUCGCUCAACGAGUUCCUCAAGCCGCGCGCGCCCGCCGCGCCCAACGACGCGCCCGGCGGCUCCGGCGCCGCCGACCACGCACAUGAGGCCCAGGCAGACAACGCUGCGGCGUGCGGGCCGAGCGGCGGAUCGCCGAGCGCGUCGUAGACGGCGACGUAGCCCACGCCCACGUCCGCGCCCGCGCCCACGACCUCGACCGUCGCCCACGCCCACGCCUGACCUCAUCGCCUCGCCCGCGCGCUGAUCCCCGACGCCCGACAGACUAUCGCCACUCUAAAUGCAUUUAGAGCGACCGUUCCUCGUACCUCAGUCGGUCGGUACCCGUACCCGGUACAAAUGUAUGGUACACUCGUCCGUUGUCGGAACGUGUCGGAACAUGUCGGAUGCGAUCGGAACUAAGAUGGGUAUUUCAUAUGCUAUUUAGUGAUAGUAUUUUUAUUUUCGUGUUGGCCAUCGGGUAAAAUUAUAUGCAUAAUAGGUGUUUUCAGCGAGCAGUCGUGUGAUAUCGUAGUGUUUAUGUGGAAAAGCUUGAGCUGUCGCAGUCGGUGAGAAGGGUAAAAUCCGCAGUAGACUCUUUACCGUCUCCAUGUGAUUACUUUGUACUUUUGUAAGCUCAAAUUUUUUUUUAUGUAAAUACCUUAAAACUGCGUUUUUAAAUUAAUGAUUAUUUUUGGUGAACGUCAGAUUAAAUAUCUGGAUAAAUGGUAUUGUUUUAUAUUUUACAU